AUGUACCGUUAUUGUUUUUUGUUGUUACUUGUUUGCAAUGUUGUACUCUGUAGGGACUGUGUGACUGAGGAUUUUGAGAAUGGCUUCGGAAGUAACUUUACUAACACUGUUGGGAGGUGCACUGGAAUCCGCAUGUGGAAUAUCCAGCAAUAUUCAUCAUUGAAUAUGACAAGUCCCCAUCCAAGAAGUACUCGUUUUAUCACACCGCAGACAAACUUGUGGACAUGCAUGGCAUCGUUUAAAUUCACAAUAACUGGAGGCGGGACUUUAGAAGUCAACAGAUUUGCUAUUUCAAAUGAUAAUUUUGGAAUGUUUGUUGAAAUUUACCAAUACGUCGUUGGAGGAACUGAUCUUCGUAUUCGUACUUGGGCCGUCUGGUCUAGUUACAUGGAUCCUGGUUGGCAAACAAUAAGACUUCGCAUCCCUGGAUCUAACAGUUUUGAAGGCUACUUAGUGUUUUCUGGAGCGACUUCAGCAAACUCUACCUUGUUGAUUGAUUCAUUCCGGUACAUUGCUCCAUCGUUUCACGAAGAUUUAUGUUCGAUAUAUAAAGAUGAACAAACUACUACAACUAGUAAAGCAACAACAACAACAACGACUACUACUACGAAAGCACCCAUUACAAAAACUACUACCACUGAAGCACCGACUACAAUAACUACUACCACUGAAGCACCAACUACAAAAACUUCUACCACUGAAGCACCGACUGCAAAAACUAUUACCACUGAAGUACCGACUACAAUAACUACUACCACUGAAGCACCGACUACAAAAACUACUACCACUGAAACACUGACUACAAUAACUACUACCACUGAAGCACCGACUACAAAAACUACUACCAGUGAAGCGACCACUACAAAAACUACUACAGAACAGCCAAUUACUAUUACAGAAGUGUCAAGUUCAACCACAGUAGCAACUAAUCCUGAAAAACCAUCAACAUCUACAGCAGCCACAAAACCGCCCAUAUCUUCCACGUUAGUGUUUUCUGGAGCGACUUCAGCAAACUCUACCUUGUUGAUUGAUUCAUUCCGGUACAUUGCUCCAUCGUUUCACGAAGAUUUAUGUUCGAUAUAUAAAGAUGAACAAACUACUACAACUAGUAAAGCAACAACAACAACAACGACUACUACUACGAAAGCACCCAUUACAAAAACUACUACCACUGAAGCACCGACUACAAUAACUACUACCACUGAAGCACCAACUACAAAAACUUCUACCACUGAAGCACCGACUGCAAAAACUAUUACCACUGAAGUACCGACUACAAUAACUACUACCACUGAAGCACCGACUACAAAAACUACUACCACUGAAACACUGACUACAAUAACUACUACCACUGAAGCACCGACUACAAAAACUACUACCAGUGAAGCGACCACUACAAAAACUACUACAGAACAGCCAAUUACUAUUACAGAAGUGUCAAGUUCAACCACAGUAGCAACUAAUCCUGAAAAACCAUCAACAUCUACAGCAGCCACAAAACCGCCCAUAUCUUCCACGUUCGUAUUUUCUGGAUGGACUUCUUCACCAUCAAACGUGUUUAUUGAUUCAUUCCGCUACAUAGCUCGAUCAUUUGAUGAAAAAUUAUGUAAAGUAUAUAAAGAUGGAAUAACUACUACAACUAGUAAAGCAACAACAACAACUACUACUACUACAGCAGUUCCUACUACAAAAACUACUACCACGGAAGCACCCACUACAAAAACUACUACCACUGAAGCACCCACUACAAAAACGACUACCACGAAUGCACCCACUACAACGACUACUACCACGGAAUCACCCACUAUAAAAACUACUACCACGGAAACCCCCACUACAAAAACUACUACCACGGAAGCACCCACUACAAAAGCUACUACCACGGAAGCUCUUACUACAAAAACUACUACCACUGAAGCAUCUACUACAAAAACUACUACCACGGAAGCACCCACUACAAAACCUACUACUACGGAAGCAUCCACUACAAAAACUACAACCAUGGUAGCGCCCACCACAAAAACUACUACCACGCAAGCACCUAUUACAAAAACUACUAAUUCUGAAGCACCCACUUCAAAAACUAUUACAGAACAGCCAAUUACUACGACAGAAGUGUUAAGUUCAACCACAGUAGUAACUACUACUGAAAAACCAUCAACAUCUACGGCAUCCACAAAACCGCCCAUGCCUACCACUCUAACAACGCCAAGCACAUCUACUGAAAUGCCACGACUCUCUAUAUUUCUGCAAAAAAUAUAUUACAAAAAGUGUGUAUUUAUCACUACCAACCCAUCGCCAGCCCACUACUGA